AUGGCACCAACGCUGGACGCAGGCGAGCUCGCGCCUGCACUGGCGACGCGCGAUCUGCAGAACCCAACACACACGCAACAAGUCACGCUGGGCGUCAUCGCGGCCUACGUCGUCGGCAUCGCCAUCCUCUGGAACGUCCCUUACCUUCGCAUGGUGCUCUGGCCGUUCAAGAUGCUCGUCAUCGCCUUUCACGAGUUCGGCCACGCCAGCACGGCCAUCCUCACGGGCGGCAAGGUCAAGAGCAUCAGCCUGGACCCCAACGAGGGCGGCGUGACGCACCUGUCCGGCGGCAUCAGCGCCAUCACCCUGCCCGCCGGGUACCUGGGCAGCUCCAUCAUCGGCGCCGUGCUGACCCUGUGUGGCUUCAACAUCAACGCCUCCAAGAUUGUCAGCAUCGCCCUCGGCGUCUGCUUCCUGCUGACCCUGUGGUGGGGCAAGAAGGACUGGCUGACGAUUCUCACCAUCCUGCUUGCCGUCGCCCUGCUCGUCGGCUGCUGGUUCAUCAACCACGCCGAGGCCCUCCGCUUCGUCGUCCUCUUCAUCGGCGUCAUGUCUUCGCUCUACUCCGUCUGGGACAUUUGCGACGAUCUCAUCCUGCGCAAGGUCAACUCGUCGGACGCGAGUGUCUUUGCCAAGCGGUACGGUGGCUCGUCGCGGUGCUGGGGGCUGAUCUGGUCCGUCAUCUCCGUCAUGUUCAUGGCGGCGGGGAUCGUGGUCGGCCUCGCGGCCUUUUCGCAGAGCUUUGAGCAGCAGAGGGAGGAUGCUCAGCACUUUAUCCCCACAUGA